AUGGGGGCUCUGAGACCUCGGCUCUGCAUGAAGGAUGCUCACCCCAUCGACGCUGGUGGGGAGACCACAGCUCAGAGAAAUGAUGACUCCACCUUCCAAGCGCUCACUCUCUGUGGCGAAGGGAGGACCCCUUGUCACACAGCGAAGAGCAAUAAAAGAGGUGGCUCCUCUUUCUUUUUUCCAAAGAGAGAAAAGCUAUUCCUCACAGAGUCUAACUCUAAUGCUCUGCUUACAGAAAUCCAAGCUGCAUCUGAACUACCCGAGGAAAAGUGCACUCUAGCAGAGGUGCAGACCUUGAAAGUGGACUGUCCUAUCACCCACGACACGGAUUCCAAAAACCAGAAGGCUUGGCAGAGUCUGAAAGAUAAAGGGGAGGUCCAGACGCUGGCAAUCACAGAGAGAGUCUCGGGGGAGUUCAGUCAAGUCCAGGUGGGGAGGUACUUCCUAAAAGACGUCCCCAGUGAGAGCAUGCCGCACGUCUGAAUGACCAACCUUCAAGUGGAGGACACAGUACUGUACCGAUGUGUGAGCUACCAGCCUCCCAAGGACCCCAUCAUCCUGUUCUACCCUGUCCACCUGGUGGACCAAGAACAGAUGCCACACUAUUUCUUUAAUUUCAGCAAAAGGAAACCUUGCUUCAUGAAUAGCCCUGUUCAUUUCCCUCCCGAGUUCCAUUUACCUUACCACUCGUCCAUCCAUCUGUCCAACCACCCAAUGUGCCUUCUUACAGAUCCUUCAGGUACCCCUGCCUCAGGUGAGAAUCCUACCCAGAACCUGGCUCAGAUUCCCACCCUUCCUCCUAUCACCACCAAGACUUUUGCAAACACUCAAGUGUGCAGGAGCAUCUGUGCCAACAGCAGCACUGAAUCUCCUCUCUUCCCCAGGGCCCCUGGGACCAGCAUUGUCAUUCCCAUGGCACGUGGACUCCUGAGUAAGAGCCUGGUCUUCAUUGCUCUGUUUGCUGUCACAGAGAGGUCAUUUGCAUCCUAGGUGCUGGAACCCACGAGAAUGAACUCUGACCUCCAUCCAUGUCCAUCUGGCAGUUGUGUCCAAAGAGGAGUGUGAGGGGCAGGAGAUGGGGUAGGGGGUCAAUGACAUGAGUUGAAGCUGUAGCACGGGUACUUUCUAAGGCUCAGGAUCCCACGUUCUUGGCCCUGCUAACUCCCCUCAUUUCACUGAUAACCUUGGGUGUGUGCUUUGCCCCCUCACAAGAGAAGCUACGGCCCCAAACGUGCCAUUCCACCAGCAGCUCAGGGUGUGCAUUAAAUACACUGCCCAAUGCUUUUCACUGUCAAUGUCUUAUGGGGGUCGGGAGGCACAGAGGGCACAGCUGCUAACUCUGCCCUGGUCCUUGCCCUGGACCACAAUAUUUUAGCCCAAAUUGGACAGAUUUCCCACUAGAGAGCAUCCUGUUGGCUCGACUGCUAGGGCCGUCCUCUCCUCUCCAAUCAGAUGUUUACAUUUCUCCCCUUAAUUUAUGGCCCUUUCCAACACUCCCAGAAAAGACUGUAGAAAACCACGUAACGAAGAGAAGAUGAGAUGCCACGGUGAGGAUUCCGUAUCUGGGAAAGUAGAACACUGGGAGGAUAUGCUAGGAUCCAAGGAAUAGGACGGAAAAGAGGAUACAUGCAUUUAUUGUGUCAUCACGGAUGCAUUUUGUCACUGGAUCCUCAGAACAGCCCCAUGAAGGCAGAGAAGUAUGUGGCUGGAAGGAGACCACAUGAGAAGUAAGUCUCCUCUUACCGGCAGGAACAAAACCUAGAGCUCCUUUACUGAAGACCAAACACCUCAAAGCCAUAGAGAAUGGAAUAACCGGGAG